AUGCCCAAAAUGAAGCAUCUACUCAGAAAGCUUCACAUCGGUGGUGGCGCUGCUACAAUCAAUAAUCAUAAUCCAAACGCAACAUUGCAACUUUCUCAUUCUGAUUCUCAUGCUACUACGACUCCUCUUCCUUCUUCUUCUGCUUCUCUGUCUCCAUCUCCUUCUCCUUCGCCGUCUCCCUCUCCGACCGUUAUUCAGAACCCUCAAAACGACGUCGUCGACCGAGGUGUUGUGGAUUUCAAUCUUUUGCAGGAAGAAGUGUUUCAGGUUCAAUUGGCUCUUGCAAUCCGUGCUUCUGAUUCCGAUCCUCAUGAUGUUGAUGAAUCUGCUCAGAUCGAUGCUGCUAAACAGAUCAGCCUUGGAUAUUCUGCUUCUCUUACUGAUACUCCCGCGCUUGUUCAGUUUCAAUCGCUGCGUUAUUGGAAUUACAAUGUCAUUGCUUAUGACGAGAAAGUGAUGGAUGGGUUUUAUGAUGUCUAUGGGAUCGACUCAAGUUUAAUUGAACGGGGAAAGAUGCCUUUGCUGGUGGAUCUAAAAACUGUGCCCACCUCACGAAAUGUUGAUUAUGAAGUAAUCUCGGUGAACCGCAAUGUUGAUGUUGAACUAAGUCAGCUUGAGAAAAAAGCCUGCACCUUGUUUGAAGAGUGUUCUGUUUCUGAACUAGGAUUGUUUUUGAGUGGCUUAAUUCAGAAACUUGCUGAUGUUGUUGUAAGUAGAAUGGGUGGACCGGUUAGUAAUGCUGAUAAAUUUAUGGAAAAGUGGACUACGAAGAGUCGUGAAUUGCGAGAUUCUUUAAGAACUGUAGUCCUUCCUCUUGGCCGUCUAGAUGUUGGACUUUCACGUCACCGUGCCCUACUUUUUAAGGUACUUGCCGAUAGGAUUAAUAUUCCCUGCAUGCUUGUAAAAGGGAGCUAUUACACAGGAACUGAUGAUGGGGCUGUGAACUUGAUUAAAGCUGAUGAUGGAAGUGAAUACAUUAUUGAUAUGAUGGGUGCUCCUGGUACUCUUAUACCUGCUGAGGUGCCCCGUGGUGCCAACCGGUGGAAUUCCAGCACCUGA